CAAUAGGAACUAAUUAACGCCGGCUCAUUUUUUUUGCUGAGGGACUCAUUUCUCUGCUGCACCCAUUGGCCUCCGUGGCGUUUCUAUGGCAACAGAUUCCCUCGGCCUGCUGGAGGAUUUGCGAUGGCGGCCUCGGGAAGCAGCGGCGAAGGUCCUCCUGCAAAUUCGAAAUGGCUAGAUGCCCACUACGACCCCGUGGCCAACCUGUACACGUUUUCCUCUUGUGUCACCCUGGCUGACCUCUACGGCGACGGAGACUGUAAGCUGGUGGUGGGUGACCUGGGUUCGACGGGGCACGAGAUGAAGCUGAAGGUGUACCAAGGCACGGGCCUCCUGAGCGAGAACGCCCUGCCCGACCUGCCGGUCAGCGUCACCACCUUCCUGAUGGAGCAGCAUGAGCCGCGCAUGCCCGCCGUGGCCGUGGCCUCCGGGCCCUUCGUCUACGUCUACAAGAAUCUGCGUCCCUACUUCAAGUUCACGCUGCCCCCACUGGAGCUCAACCCCAUGGAGAAGAGCGUUUGGGACCAGGCUAAGGAGGACAAGGUGGACCUGAUGUCCAUGAAAGAGAUGCUGGAGCAGAUACGAGAAAAUGCCGAGAUGCCCUUGUCAGUGCAGUCCUUAAGGUUUCUGUCCCUUGACCUUCCUGAGAUGGAAUCGUUUGUGAAUCAAUAUAAGAUGCAACCCAUCAAGCGCCAGACGGUGAUCACCUGCAUGGCCACCCUGAAGAAGAACAUGGUGGACGAGGACGCCGUGAGUUGCUUGGUGAUUGGGACGGAGAACAACGAAAUCCUCAUCUUGGACCCUGAAGCAUUUACCAUCCUGGCCAAGAUGAUGGUGCCGAGCGUGCCAGCUUUCCUGGAUGUCACUGGGCAGUUUGACGUGGAAUACCGACUCACGGUGGCAUGCCGCAGUGGAUGCGUCUAUAUCCUCCGCAGGGACUCUAAGCGACCCAAAUACUGCAUUGAGCUGAGUGCCCAAGCGUUGGGCUUGGUUCGGGUCCAGAAGAACAUUGUUGCAGCCUGCUCAGAUGAGAUGCUGCAAAGCUACACCCAGAAGGGGAAGAAGCUCUGGGUGAUUUCUUUGCCCGCGACACCCGUCACGAUGAGCCUCCUCGACGAGAAGUUCCAGAGCUUCCAAGCAGUGCUGGUGGCUUUGGCCAACAUGGAGGUCCACAUGUACCGGGACAAGAACCUUGUGAACGUCAUCCAGACUCAGGAUAUUGUCACCAGCAUCUGCUUUGGCCGGUAUGGGCGUGAGGACAACACCCUCGUGAUGACCACCAAAGGUGGGGGUCUGAUCAUCAAAAUCCUGAAGCGCACGGCCACGUUCCACAAAGGUGACACGGCAGUCGGCGCCCCCGUUGCGCAGAGCAUCAAGCUCAACGUGCCGAAGAAAACAAAACUUUACGUGGACCAGACGCUGCGGGAGCGAGAGAGCGGAGUGGCCAUGCACCGGGUGUUCCAGACCGACCUCAGCCGCAUCCGCCUCGUGGCGGCACGGGCCUACGUGCGGGCGCUGGAGUGCAGCAUGGCGCCCGUCUCGGAGUCGCUGCAGGAGCCGCUCAAGAUGAAUGCCGUGGUGCAGGGCAUGGGUCCCACCUUCAAACUGAGCCUCAACCUCCAGAACAUGUCGGAGACCCGGGCGGUCGCCAACCUCUUGGUCAGCUUCCUCUAUGACGAGAAACUGUACUCUGUCGCGCAACCUUUCUUCAAGGCCCCCAUGCUGGUCCCAGGACUGAACUACCCUCUGGUUACCUUUGUGCAAUGCCUCAGCACCCAAGGGAUCUCUGAUAUUAUUAAGGUGUUUGUCCUGCGCGAGGGAGCGUCUGAGCCCCUGCUCACGGCGCACAUCAACAUGCCGGUCAGCGAGGGCCUGGCGGCCGUGUGACAGAAAAAGACAGCAGGUCUGCUCCUCUGCUCCCUUCCAGGCCGGGACCUUCUGCAAUAGGAUCUCUGUGACCUCUAGUAAUGGGAUCCGCUCACUCGGAGAGGGAUCUCGCCCCACAGCAGCUUAUGGUUCGUGUCCAGGCGUCCGAAUAGAAACAGCUUGCAUCCUGGUCUUAGAGCUAGAAGACCAAGGCCGCAAGCUGCAGACCAGAAAUCAAAUAAAUAUUAGGAUUAUUGUGUUGUUGAA